GUGUGCGUCAGCAUCGACGCUAGCGCAGUACCAAGCUCAGAGCUGCCGGCCGGUAACGCGGUCUUGACACCCACGGCGUGGAAGCUACAUCCCGCAUGGCAUGAGGUUCACGACUCCACGUAUUUAUAACAUCCCGUGCUUCCCGUCUUACUGUAUUAAUCUCUUGCUGUAUAUCAUUCGCCAAACCCGCAUCGUCUCAUCAUUGCCAGCCAUUCCACCAUGUCAGACGUCCAUCUACUUGUCUUGAUCCACGGAAUGUGGGGAAAUCCCUCUCAUCUUGCUCAUGUGAAUAAAAUCAUUCGCGAGGUGAAGGGUAAAGUCGAGGAUGGUGACGUUAAGCUUGAAGUUCUUGUCGCUGAAACCAAUAAGGAUGAAUCCACAUAUGACGGAAUCGACUGGGGAGGUGAAAGAGUGGCUGAAGAGAUUCGACAGAAAACCGCGGACCUAGAGAAGGAAGGUCGAAAGGUGACUCGCUUCUCCGUCACCGGUUACAGUCUUGGCGGCCUGGUUGCUCGUUAUGUCAUUGGUGUCCUUCACCAGUCGAAGUUUUUUGAGACGGUGCAACCCGUCAAUUUCAACACUCUAGCUACCCCACAUAUCGGCAUACCUAGAUUCCCUUCGACAUUCUCCUCGAUAUCCGCAUUUCUGGGACCGAAGCUUCUUUCCCGUUCAGGCGAGCAGUUCUUUUGUGUCGACAAAUGGUCACCACGAGGAAGGCCACUGGUGGAGGUCCUUGCUGACCCUGAUCGCAUUUUCUAUCAAGCAUUGAUAUUAUUUCCUAAUAUUAGAAUUUAUGCCAAUGCCAUCAAUGACUUGACUGUGCCAUACGUCACUUCUGGCAUCAGUGCAGAAGACCCCUUUGGCGAUUACGAGAAGAAUGGCAUCAAAAUUGAUUUCCACGAGGAGUACAAGCAUGUCAUCAAAUCUUACUCUGCGGUUCCCUUAUCAUCUGCAACCACGAAAGAGCCACAACGUUGGUAUGAGAGUAUCCGUAACAUGCGCCUGCCAUUACCUCCACGAUUUCAAGCCGAGUUUCCUUUAAACUUGGUUGUUUAUGCCCUCCUACCAAUUCUCUUCCCGACAUUUAUCUGCCUUGCUCUCAUCCGCCUAUCAUUUCAAUCACACCAGUCUCGUGGUCGACUAAGGCAUCUUGAAGCGCAGUCAACCAGAGAAAGACUUAUUCAUAUUAUCGGCAAACUGGAGAGCGAGCUCGAAAGCGCCGCAGUUGAUUUAUAUGAUGACCCUGCUGGCACUCCCAUAGCUACGUCGCGGAUAUCUGGUGCUGACCCUGCUAAUAAAGCCAGCUCCACCAAGCCUACGAAGGGACAAGAAAAGAAAUCGCAAUCAAAGCCCCCUCCAUACCAACCUUUGUUGACACCUGGUCAACUUCAGUGCAUAGAGAAUCUCAACAACAUACCACAGUUGAAGAAAGAGCGAGCUUUCUUUGAAGGUAUACGUAAUUCUCAUGCAGUGAUAGUCUGUCGUGACCCCAAGAUGUUUAAGCACCAUUUAGAGGGCGAGGGCGUGUUACGACACUGGGCGGAUCACUUCAAACUGUAGCUUUUAUUGUGUUUUCGUUGUAUUGUUUACUUACAACUAGAACAUUUACAGAGACGAUAUUACAUAUCGACUUAAUAGAUAGACGCUUUGCAUGUGAUCGGUG